AUGAAUAUCAAUGCUCCAUUUGGUGGAAAAAUAAUGAUCAUGGGAGGAGAUUUUCGCCAGGUGCUUCCUGUUAUUGAAAAAGGAAGUAGAGGACAAAUGAUUUCAGCGUGUAUUGUUAGGUCUCAAUUAUGGGCCACCACAAAGAUCCUACACUUGCGCCAAAAUAUGCUAUCAAUUCAUGACCACGAGUUUACACAGUUUCUGAUGAGGAUUGGAGAUGGAAAUGAACCUGCUAAAGAGGAUGACAUGGUCAAGAUGCCUGCUGAAAUUGUAAUACCAUGGGAAGGAGAAAGCUCCAUAAAAAAGCUUAUACAACAUACAUUUCCCCAAUUAGAAAACCAUGGAUGGGAUGCUUCAUAUAUGGUGGAGAGAGCCAUACUUACUCCCAAAAAUUGUGAUGUACAUAUGUUGAAUGACAUGAUUAUUAAUAAGUUCCCUAGAGAUGAACAUAUUUUGUUAUCUUUUGGUGAGGUUGAGGGCCACAACGCUGGAAAAAGAGCUUUCUUGCCAAGAAUUAAGCUCAAAACCACUGAUGGUGCCGGAAUUCCUUUUGUGCUUAUUAGAAAACAGUUUCCUGUCAAACUAAGUUUUGAAAUCACUAUAAAUAAAUCACAAGGACAAACAAUUCCAAAUGUCAGAAUUUAUCUUCCACGACAUGUUUUCAGUCACGGACAAUUUUUGUGUUGUAAAUUAUUUUACACGACGAUGAAUAAGAUAGAAAGGCCCGUGCAUUUCGUAAGUAAUGUGUCCAGAGAUGCCAAAAUAGAUAAUCAGAAGAUUGAAAAGCCAGUAGUAGCUAUCGUCAUCGCGGCGAGGAAGCUGGGACCUUACUUUCAGGGUCACAAGAUCUCCGUGAAAACUAACUAUCUUAUUCGGUAA